AUGCCCGAGAUCACCGCCGAAAGCACGCCGCGCGUGUCCUCCACGCUGCCGCAGGAAGUCAUCCAAUGCUUGGAGAAUGCCCGCUAUCUGCACCUUGCGACAAGCUCGUCCGACGCCAUGCCGCACAUUUCUCUCAUGAACUACACCUAUCUGCCCUCCUCGCCCUACUCGCCUACCCCGCAGAUCAUCAUGACCACCCCACCCGGCACCCAGAAGACAACCAACCUGUGCCAAAACCCGCGCGUCUCCCUGCUUGUCCACGACUGGGUGACGACCCGUCCUCCGACCCUUUCCUCUGGCCGCGAGGGAAGCCCGCCGCCUGCCGCCUCUCGUAGCUCACUGGCCACACUGCUUCUGGGCAUGAACUCUGCUUCCCUGUCGCGCAUUUCGGUGACGAUCAACGGAAACGCUUCCUUUGUGCCCCACAACUCCGACGAGGAGAAGUGGCUCAAAGCGAAACAUUUGGAGAACAACACUUUUGGCUCAGAAAUGGACGAUGCAGGCAAUGCAUUCAGCACAAGUCCGAACGUCUCUGGAAGCGGCGAUGGCGGCAGAGGUUACUGGGUAGAGGGCGAAGAGGCUAGGGUAAUUGUUGUCACUAUCAAGGAUGGCCGCAUCUCAGACUGGAAGGGUGAGAUCACAGAUUGGGUCAUCGCCAGUGAGGAUGGGAUCGGAAGGCCGGCUGCACAGCUGCCAAACGGUGUCUAA